CUGCUUGGUCGCUUCCGGCUUCAAACACUCAGACAAACAGCGCCUUACUACGAACACGGAGAGGUGUCGAGCAACACAUGACAACAGAAACCUCCCCGAGAACAACCUCUCGUCCCGACGGCGAGCUGCGAAAGAAUGCGUCGUUGAAGGUCGGGCCCGAAAGUUGAAGUUCGCCUCCUUCUUCGCCACAGCCAGAUGCUCGUGUGACAAAAGGGACAUUCUUUUCUUUUGAAAUCUUAUUUCGUAGAGGAGGCUUCUUCUUUCUUUUUUUUUUUUUUUUUCUUUUUUUUGGAGGGGAGGGGAGGGUGAAAAGGUGAAGAAGCGUAAAGAAAAGUGGGGACCGGCGGCUGCGUCGAGCAAGUUCGUUCAUGGAAGAAACCCAAACCGCACAAGAGGAGGGGUCGAGUCAGUGCACGACGGCUGGUGUCUCUUCCAUGCUCCGAGUUUGACAGAGAGGACUCAUCAUUGUUGCUGCUGCUGCUGCUGCUGCUGGUGAUAUCUGGCAGUAAUAAAGCUCAAGCGGAGAGGCUUUUGGAGGGGCACGGGACGGGGCUGAGUGGCGGGUACAGAUUGAAGCGGCUCCCGGCGGCUUCAGGGGAGAUUGUCAGAUGUGUACCCAGCGCUCAAAGCCCCUGGCCCGGCCGUGGGAAUGGCAGCCUCUGCCCUGAACCUGAAUGGGCUUGGAGUCAUGAACAGCAGUAAUCAGUUUCACACCCAGUCAGGCUCCUCUAGUACCUCCUCCCGAGCCAGAACCAACCCAGUGGCCAGACCUGUGCUGCCAGUUCCAGAUCGGAGCACCUACUGCCAGUUACUCGGUGGAGGUGGAGGUCUCUACAGCCCAACCAGUCCCAAGACGAGCCCUAGAAGCUUCGGUCAGACCUUUGUCUUCCCCCCUUCGUCCCCGCUCAACCUAAGCCCCGCACCCCGCGCUCGCUCCCCCUCCCCGAGAAGCCCAGAGCUCCUGGGCGUCAAUGUGGGCCAGCGCGUCCGACGUCUGAGCUCACCCGGUGGUGAAGGGAGGGCCGAAGGAGACGGGCUAGAGGAGAGGGGCGGAGAGACGGCGGGAGGAGAGAAACGAGAGGAGCGGAGACGCCAGGCACAGCUGCUUCAGAUUCACAGAGAGCUGCAGAACGUCGAGGUCAGGGGAAAAGUGGGCAUUUUCGAGGCCCACAUUUCUGGGAUUCGUGCCCAGGUGCUUAAUAGUGAGCUCCAGCGUAGCCCCCGGUCUCCCAGACGAGCGACGAGCCAAACCCCUUCCCAUCUCAGCCAAGGAAACACAGUUUUUGAAUACCCAAUGACCCACCCACAAGAAACUAAAGUUCCCUCUGUUGUCCAAAAUGGGAGAGACCGGGAGGAAGAAACAACUGAAAGAGAAAGGAGAGAAGGAGGUGAGAGGGAGAGCAGUGCUACUAAAACAAAUCCAGAGGACAAGACACUGGUUGAUGGUAAUGACUGCCACCCAGAAACAAUGAUGCAGGCUCCCUGUUUAGAUGGACUUUUUGUUCAAAGUUCAUCUGGGACAUUAGUCAAAGACGCAACAACGGACGGAGAGAAAAAAGAAGGAGAAGUACUGAGAGAAAAGGAGGAAGAGAGAGCUCGAGGGGAGGUAGGAAACAAACAAACUGUGGAAGAUGAAACAGAACGGACCAAAAAAGACGCGACCGACGAAAAAACGCUGCUUCAGACGGAAGGAAACAGGCUGGAAAGACGAGCUAGUGAGAACUCCUGUUUGUUGGACAUCCCUGAUCUCGCCUCCAACCACUCUUCCUCCAUUCCUCCCUCCAUCCCUGCAGUCAUAAUAACUGACCACGGCCAGGAAAGCCAACCUCAAACUUCUGAAGGCUCAGACCAAGGACGAUGCUGCACCCCGAGCCCCACUUCUAGCUCCAGUCCAAACUUCUCCACUCGCUCUCUCAGGAAGCUGUCUUCCUCCUCCGCCUCCUCCGCCGGCUUCUCUUCUUCUUGGGAGGAAUCGGAGGAUGAUAUUUCCAGUGAUACGGAGAAAGGAGAGCUCCUUCUUAACCCUGCACUCCUCAGUUCUCAACAGAAAGCGCACAAGUCUUGGAAGAAGAUUAAAAACAUGGUCCACUGGUCACCGUUUGUCAUGUCUUUCAAGAAGAAAUAUCCCUGGAUACAAUUGGCUGGUCACGCAGGGAGUUUCAAGGCUGGAGCGAACGGCCGUAUACUGAAAAAACACUGUGAAUGUGAGCAACGCUGUUUGUCCCUCCUGAUGAGGGACGUGCUUCGCCCAUACGUCCCUGGUUACCAUGGAGACGUAGAGAAGGAUGGCCAGAAAUACAACCAGAUGGAGGAUCUGCUGGCUGAGUUUGACUUCCCAUGUGUGAUGGACUGUAAGAUGGGAGUAAGGACCUACCUUGAGGAGGAGCUGACCAAGGCUCGUAGGAAGCCCUCCCCGAGACCCGACAUGUAUCAGAAAAUGAUCGAGGUCGAACCGCAGGCGCCUACGCCGGAGGAGAACGACAAGAAGGCGGUGACCAAACCCAGAUACAUGCAGUGGAGAGAGACCAUAAGCUCAACGGCUACCCUGGGAUUCAGAAUAGAGGGAGUCAAGAAGGAAGACGGGACCGUGAACAGAGACUUUAAGAAGACAAAGACGAGAGAGCAGGUUCGGGCGGCCUUUGAGGACUUUGUCAAAGGAAAUAAGGACAUACUGAACGCUUAUCUGACAAGACUCAAAGAAAUCAGAGAGACUCUGGAGAUCUCCCCAUUCUUCAAAACCCAUGAGGUGAUCGGCAGCUCCUUGUUAUUCGUUCACGACAACAAGGGACGGGCUAAAGUCUGGAUGAUCGACUUUGGGAAAACCACGCCUCUUCCUGACGGGGAGGAACUGACCCACAGAGCCUCAUGGGUGGAGGGGAACAGAGAAGACGGCUACCUGUUCGGACUUGACAGUUUGGUGGAGAUCAUUUCAUCCAUGGUGAACUCUGAGACUUGAAGCCCGCGGCUUUGUUUUAACUGAUCCAAGUGAACGUUCGGACACGCGGCCACUUCCACUCAUUCUUCAUUCCUCUGGGGAACACUCCGGGCUUCCUCAAUGACUCAGUGACACGCCGGUCCUCAUGUCGGAAACCACAUUAUUCAGAAUGAAUUCGCGGCUGGAUCCAUUCAUAUCCGGCGGACAGUCCAGAUCUAGUCGUCACCCAGUCGUGGCCUCGUUGCUAAGAGCAGGUCUUAACGGGCCUUACGUCUUCACAGCAGAUGAUUUGACAGGAAACUAAUAACAUUAACAGUGGCUCAGUUCCUCAUAAAAGAGAAGCCCAUGUACCAAAUGGAACGACAUCUUUAAUAUUAUUUCCUUGUUUUAUUUCUGUCAAAUGUCAAAUUGUCUGCUGUGAAAACAUUUUUUUUUUCUAAAUGAAUUCUCAGUUUAAAAAAAAAGUUUAGAUGACCUAAUUAGGGGAUAUUCACUAAUUUAAUACUGUCAACAAAUCCCAUGAAAUAUCAAAACCAACAAUGAGUCAAUUUGUCUUUCAGUGCAUAUAGUUUAUAUGGCUCUGAAUCCCAGCAGUUCAUUACAAUGACUAUUUUAGCUGUAUAUUAUAUAAACUGAAUGUCAUUCACUCAUGGCUCAAAAUAAAAGACAUUACCUAAGUUACUAUAAUACUGUAAUGAACACACAUCAAAGGGCGCUAUUCUUAAUGGAAGCCGAGAAAACUCGCGCUGGCAGUUUUUUUAAAUGUUAUCUCUGCGUGGCAGGUUAAUAGCUGAAUUGUUUCCUCAAUCACGUGAAAAAAUAGCAUAAAGAGAGACGGAAACUGUAUCUAAAGGCAGUUGUGGAAGCUGAAUGGGCUAAAACGGGAGAGCAGAGAAGUGUUGACAUUUUGUCAACUUGCUGUUUUCAGUUUUCCGUCGCAGCCUCGAAGGCUCAUUACUGCCGAGAUCAAACGAGAAGAAAAAAGUGCUCCGUAAUUAUUCCAUAAUCAUGUUUUUUGUUUGAAUUAUUUCUAAAAAUAUCUCAUAACAUCUAUAAUUUCAAGAUAAUCAACUCACGAUCUUGGGAUAACAAUGCAACAAUUCAAUCACAGCAGUUUUCAGUUUCUGUAGAUGAGUAAACAUGUCACGUGGUUACGUGGUAUCAGGAUUGAGUUAGACAAAACAUUCUUAAGCCCGGUUCGUUCGUUGGUUUUGGUCUUCCUUGGUAUUUGUUUAUGAUUGAAAGAUUAUCCCCGGAAUCAUCCAUAAAGCCGUUCACGUCAUUUCCCUUCAAAAGGACGCGAUCGUUGUCUUCAUUUUUCUACACACCAGCACUUAUGCUAGCCUCAUCUUUUGAACGACACUGUAAUCACAUACGUGUUGCUUUAAAAAAAAAAACUAAAAAAAAUGACUUCUUCCUGGAUUCGACCUUAAAAGUCCUGACUGGACUAGUCCUCUUGGCUACUCUCCCUUAAAUAUCUGUGAAGUGUUUUUUUCCCCUGUGUUUGAACACAACUUCCCAUUUUCGUCAAAAUAUGCACUUAAUUAUACUUUGAGUGGUGAAGAUUAGAGGUACAAGCGUUUUUACGCUUCCAUUUUAAGGUGUGUGGAAUGAAAAAGUAGUCCUUAAGCUGUUUUUCGCUUCGGUUUUAACAAACCCCCGAAACUAAUGACAGAGUUUAGAAGCUGCGGGUUGAUCUGGUGUGAAACGGGGGGUUCAGUGGAGCUGGAGUAGGGGGGCUUGUUUUAUAUGUAACAUAUUUGUCCAUAGUAGUGGCCAAACACUUACCACCUUUCUCACACUUUGUUGGGAUUGUUCACAAUGUACAGUAAGAUGUAUUUAGUUUGAUGUAGUUUUUUUUUUUUUAUCGUAACAUUAUUUCAGUCAGAUCUUGUGGAACACUUACAGCCAUGAACAAUCGUAUUUAAGCUAUACAGCAGUGCCUUGACAUACAAAGCCAAGUCAGAUAACUGAAAGUACCUUCUUACCCUUAAAUGGUAUUUUCUCCUAGUCUUAUACGUGGGUUUUUGUGUUUAGUCUUACAUGGGUGCAUGCUUAUUAUCCUCUAAACAGUUUGCUCUUAAUUUGUAGUUUUUAUUUAAACCUUACUAUUGGUUUGUUUUAGUUCACUGGAUACUGUGACAAUGUUUUGUUCUCAUAGGAGUGAAAGUCAAACUGUGUGGCGGGUUGGUGACAUCGCGGACAUCCUAUAUUCGAACCGGAGGAUAUUUUUAGAGAAACGAUUAAUGGUGUUUGGCUCAGUGGAGCCAUUUAUUUGAGUGUGGGGUUGGGAUACCAGCAGCAACCGAAACAGAGAAACGCAAGAGCAAAAAAAGCGCCUCAUAAUGUAACAGGUUCCUCGUGGUAAAUAAAAAAGUUUCACUAUACCUUGUAUUUGAAAUGCCCUAGUUUUCCGUUAAAGUUUGCAGUGACCGUAGAUGAGAACGAGAUAGCUUGCAACUUCAUGCAGUGCCUUCUUAAAGAAAUAGUUAGACAUUUUGGGAAAUGCCUUUGUUAGUUUUCUUGCUACGAUUUAGCCAAGGAAGUGUGUGUCUAGUGUGUAAGUUAAAUAUGAGGCAUCCUUCAGUAGUUGGGUUGUGUAGCUCAGCAUAAAGACUGGAAACAGGGGAACCUCAGCUUUCUUGAUUAAACAAACAAGUUUCAAGUCGAGCUGUUUCCACUUGCUUUCCAUUAUUUUUUGCUAAGCUCAGCUAAUUAGCUGCUGACUGUAGCCUCAUUUCUAACAUGCAGAUAUGAUCUCUAGUUCUUACAAACACUUAAUUAUCUAACUAUUCUUUUAAGACCAACUGUCCGACCUAUUGCUUCUGCUCCCCAAUGUGCACUUACAGCUGUUUGUUGGUAGGUUUCAUAUUGUUCUGGUUUUGAAAGCUUGUGUAUUUAUUUGGAUUGUUCCUAUAAAAAAUGUGUAUUUGGUGAAA